AUGGUGGUCAUCAUAACAUGGAUUUUUUUGCCGAAAGAUCUUUAUAACUAUCUUGAUUCUGAAAGAAGAGCAGAGACUGAAGAAGGUGAUGCUAAUAAAGUAAUAAGAUAUUUUGCAGCUAAAAAGGAAACAGACCAUGGGUUUUACUUUAAUUAUACAACUAGACCAAACGGGCAACUUGAAAAAUUAUUUUGGGCUGAUUCUAUAUGUCGAUUGGAUUACUCAUACUUUGGGAAUGUGGUUGCAUUUGAUGCAUGCUACGAGAGAAAUGUUUACAAUAUACCACUAGUCACUCUAGUGGGUAUGAAUCAUCACCGCCAACCUAUAAUUUUUGCUUGUGCCUUGUUGGAGAAUGAACGUACUUCGUCAUAUAGUUGGUUGUUAAAUGAGCUUUUAAAUUGCAUGGGUAACAAACAGCCAACUUCAAUUGUGACAGAUGGAGAUUUAGCCAUGCGCUCUGCCGUCCAACAUGUUCUUCCUAAUGCGGUGCAUAGAUUAUGUAUUUGGCAUAUUGAAAAAAAUGCUAGCAAGGAAGUUAAAAUUGCCAACUUUAAAGAAGAUUUUGUUAAGGUAAUGCUUGCUCCUGUUGAUGUUGUUGUUUUUGAAUCUUUAUGGACGUCAUUGAUUGAAAAGUACAGUCUGCAAAAGCACAUAUGGAUCGAGUAUAUGCAUAAUCUUAACAAAAUUGGCUUUUAA